GAGGCUUGAAUUUAUCAGCUGAAAACUUAGUAUACCUGUGUGAGUAGUCAAGUUGCAAAAGUUUUGCAACAGUUAAGAUUGUACGAAGGGAAACUACUCAACAAGUUUGUCGAGCUUUUCUAACAAAGAGCUCAACGAGGGGCUGGACAAGACACACCUUGCUUUUAUGAUAAAUUUAAAUUUAUGAAAGUACUAGGAUGUACAUUUUAAACGAGGUAGGAAAUCUAAAGUGUUUCUGACAGUGGCAGGUCUUGUUAAACAGUAUUCCUUCAUGGAACUCUUCAAAGUUGAAAAGUUGUUUUUAUUGUCCGGCCAUUCUUUCUGGUCCUAAAAACAAAGUGUUGAGGAAAUCCAGUGAUGGAUUUAGUGGUUGCUAUAGCAAUUGGGGUGUUGAGUGCAGUGUUCCUUGGUGCUCUGUUAGCUCUGGUGUUUGUAUGCCGGCAAAGAUGUCGCCGUCCAGAUUUCAUCACAGAACAACAUAAAGAGACUCGGCCUGAUGUUCAGUUGAUAGGCUCUGCAGAUGGAAUAUCACAGCUUGCAUCAGAUGUUGAAAUGGAUGAUGUCCAGUUUAAUCCACAUUUGGAAGAAAUUUUGGAUAACGAGCAGUGGGUGGAUGAUGCAACAGGGCUGAUCCCACAUUGCCUGUCAAUUCUGAAGACAUGUCACCAUCUUACAGAAAAAUUAGUUGGAAUGACUAUGGGAAAUGCACAGAACAUACGCACACAAGAGACACAGACAGACCUUGUGACCAUUGCUAAGCGCAUUUCCCCUCGAGUGGAUGAAGUAGUCAAAUCAAUGUACCCACCAUUAGAUCCCAGGCUUCUGGAGGCAAGAUGUACUGCUCUUGUGCUGUCGGUGAGUCAUCUGGUCUUGGUGACAAAAAAUGCAUGCCACAUGUCAGGAGUGCUGGAUUGGAUUGAUCAGUCAUUAGCUGAUGUUGAAGAUCACUUGAGAGUGCUAAGGGAAGCAAGCAUAGCCUGUGAGAUGAACAGACUAUCGCUGUUUAACUUGAAUGCAAGCAACCAAGGCCCAGGAUCCAACAUUCUCAGCAUAUCAGAACAAACUGCCAUCAUCACUACACCUGUUAUCCAUAACGACAUGUCUCAAGUGUGAUUCAUUUUGCUGGUGUUAUCUUGUGAUGACUCAACGUGCCAAGGCCAUAUGAUAAAUGAUGAUACAGCCAAGAACCAUUGAAUAUUGUCUGUGCAUCUGGUACUCCUUUGAAAGAUUUCCUGGUUGUACUCAUUGGUGUUUUGGCAAGAAUCAGUCCACAUUUUGGAAUCAACAUUCAUGCUGUCAACUUCACUAUUUCAGAAUGUACUUGCUCAACAGGGAUAUUAUUCUUACCUAUUUUUGGAUCAAAUAUUCUUCAUCGUCAUGUCUCAAAAGAUCUUCAUAUCCAUCACUUCAAGUUUGCAACUAAUAUCUACAGCAUCACCUAUGGUAAGAUUUGUAAUACACACUUGAACCUAUAAUCUUUGGAAAUAUAACAUUGCACCAGAGGAGUUAAACGCUUAGAUUUAGUUUAUUCCUUGCUACUUCUUGUGGAGCAUAGAGCCACAACAAUUCCAGGAGACCUGGUUUUGCGCAGCCUUCCUCAUUUGGGCCCAUGUGGUUCCAGUAUCCUUUGCCUCGCUCUCUACUGUUCCAAGUCUGCUUUGGCCUCCCAACUCUUCUCCAGUCAAGCGCCUACCAGGCAAUGGUGUCAACAGGUUUGCGCAUAGAGUGUCCUAUCCAGCCCCACUAAACUUUAACAUAUCUUGAGUCAGUGGGCUAACUUUGCAUGAGUUGUCAGUAGAUUGAAUGAUAUUUUGCAGUAGAUAUCUGAAUGUUAAACUGAUUACAAGUGAUAAAUACCAGUUUUAGUCCCAAGUAUAACUUUUUAAACAAAGUUGAAUCUUUAGUACUACAAGAAGAGAAUAUUUACCAUAAGUAGUUAACCUUUUUUUUUCAAAAUCAAGUCCACCAGAAACACUAGUUAUGGAAAUUCCUUAAUCACCAUUGCCUAAUGUUUUCCUCCACAUCCUGUCUCUCCUGGCAUCAAGGUUUCUUUACAAAUAUAUUAUUAACAAAGAAGCAAGUCUUUGCGUGAAGUUUUCUUUAAUCUUUACUGUCAGUACAGGACUAUUUGUAAAAGAAGGGAUUGAAGGCUGCUUUCCGUUGUCUUGAUUGUCACUCUACCACCCAUCCAAGUCCCCUCGUUUAGUCUCGAUCUCGUAUCUACUCUUCCACCACUCCUGCUUUCUACCCUUCAUCCUCAAUUUUCAUUGAUGCUACUACCUUCACUUUGCUUGUGAUAAAAACUCUUGUUUGAGACAAUGCAAAAUAAAGGGAUCAUUCUUCUGUACUCUGGCUUUCUAAAAACUUAUCUAAAAGAUGGUUGUCUUUACUGUUGUUGUUUUACCUAAUAUCUCCACAUGCUCAGCUGUGUAAGUACAGUGGGAGGGACUAGUCAUGUUUGACUCAUUCUUGGUUAGAUUGUGGCCUUUGUUGGAUAAAGUAAACGUGCAUGGCAUAUUCGAUUUAGUUUUUUAUGCAUUUCUAUCUAUAACUUUGAGCAAAGCUUGAUUUAAAAUAAUUUAGAAAGACCUUUAUAAAAUUGUGGAUUUUUGUGAAUGUAAGGCAAAUUUGCAUAAAAAUUUUUAAGUAAAUGAACUGAUAAGCAUGCAGGAAGUGUCCAGGUAAAAAUAGGUGAGCACAAAUCAAAAUAAUGAUUUUAUUGACACUUAAAUAUGAAUAGGUGCAAAACUACUCAAUAUUUAACAUUAUUUACCUAUUAUGCUUUUAAGUGUACUUAAUUGUUGUAUUUUGCUAAAUUGUAGUAUAACAAUGGCAUUCACAAAUAUUUAUUCUGAGAAAUCAAAAUACUCGGUGAAAUCAGUAACUGAUACAGCCCUACAGUAAAUCAACACAACCAGGAAAUUACACACUGCUCACCAAACCUAAGCCAUUGACAAAAUGUUAAGUGGUUAAAGGGAGAAAAUCCCAUUAGGCUAUAAACAUCUUGUCUGCUGCCAAGUUUUCUCUUGAAUGUUUGUUGGUGUAUUGUGGUCCUUGUGAGAAGAGAACUUCUAUGACUUAUACGACCGGUCUUUUGUGGAAAUAGUGACUGUUUUCAUUCGAAGAUUGGACCCACUGGGGUUUUAGUUAAUGGAAGAGUUUUUUUUUUUCUCUUUAAAACUGUAUAAUUUAGCACAGAGGGUUAAAGUACAUAUCUUUUGUAUCCUGCAUAGUGAUUUCUUUAUAUUUCAGCUUAUGGAUAUCCAUCUUCAUAAUAACCAAUCUUUUUUUUUCUCAUUAGGAAGAAAUUCUGUGUAUGCAUCUUUUUCACAUGUUCUGUGAAUUUGAGAUCUUGUAGACAGGAAAA